UCUUAUGUUACUAAUGGCGUUGGCCGUGACAAACGAAGGUGUCGUCAGAGACCGUAUUUGUCGAUCAAUUUAUUCCAUCUCUGCAAGUUAGGCAAGAUGGGUCACCCUCAAUUUAUUCUCCCAUUUUUACUGAUAGGCUUAAUAUGUGUGACGUCAACUUUGUCGCUUUCGUUGCCCAGAGCAGUGGACGAAAAGGUUCCAGAGCAGAAAAUAGUUGCUGAUAUGUUGGAGUUGAGCAGAGCGGCCGAUGUCAAAGUUGCCUGCCCACUGUCAGAUACAUUUUGUUUGCCAAGAGUAAAAUGUCCCAUCAAGUCUAUAGUGUACGAUCGUGAAGGCACGCGUUUCACGGUCGGUGCCGAGUUCAGAGACAUCUUUGGAUGUGGAGCUUUUAGCCCUACGUGGACAUACGUUUGCUGCGCUACACUUGAUAAACUAGAAGAAGAAGGUUGGAGACCCACACCUGAUUUGUGGUUCUUGCCGCCUCACGAUGGAUCCGCACCUGCCAAAGACGUGGAUCCGUCAGCUCCCUUCCCAGUUAUCUUGCCUUGGCCAGGUUUCGAAGACGCCGAUUCCUCACCCGAGAUUAUAGAUUCGGGUAACGGCAAUUUAACAACCGAACAGCCUUUAUCAACAGGAUCUGCCAUGACUGAGAAGCCUAAACAGAAUCCCAGAAGUGCUACAGAAGCCCCUCAGAACGCUCCAGUGCCACAUACCGGAGCUCCUCCUGUGAUGAUGCAAGAUCCACGCCUUAACAACCCAUGGUUCAACCCUAAUGCCCCUCUUAUGUCUAUGAAUCAACCUUGGAUGUUUCCACCUUCACCUGGCAAUUUUGAUCCACGAUUUCCUAUGCAAAGUGGUCUGCAAGAUCCUCGACUGCUACAGAGAUUCAACCCACCGCGAUCUGAUUGGGCGGAGAUGAUUCUUAUAUUUCCCGAUGGCUCUUUUCAGCAUUCCAUUCGGGAUCCACGUCCCAUGGGUAUGGUUCCAAUGCCUGACGGACGACCACCCAACCAGAGGGAUGGUCUGCUUCGACCAACUUUAGAAUUUUCGCCACCUCAAACUCAACCAAUGCAGACCAUCGUCGCUGAAACUGAAAACCCCGAUGCCAGCAAUUCCAGAUCUCGACGAGCAAUUGCUUCGAAAACAUUCAAAAUUCCUCCUGCCGCAGGUGGGCUGUGGACUGGUGAAAACAGGACAUCCGAAGGAGAAGGAAGAGCACUUUUACCACCACCAAAAGCCGUUUGGGGAUCACCUGGCACAGGCAAUGUACCAGUCAGGCCAAUUCCGCCGAUGUACGGAGUCGAUAAUGAACGCUGUGGCGUUUCAUCGUCGAGUGGCAUCAAUGCUCGCGUUCUGUCCGGACGCAAACCAGCGUCACAGAUGGAAUCUGAAACAAGUUUUGCCGAGUUCCCGUGGCACGUUGCUGUAGUGAACGGACAAACAGGAGACUAUCUUUGCGCUGGUACUAUCAUCUCGGCCCGUUUCGUCCUGACAGUGGCUCAUUGUGUACGCAAAUUCCAAUUCACUCUGCUCUUCGUCCGUGUCGGAGACUGGGAUUUGAGCGGCCUUGGCGAGAUGUUUCCGUCUUACGAUGUUGAAGUUCAAAAUACUAUUAUCCACGAAGAAUUCUACGCCGGAAAUUUACAGAACGACAUUGCCCUUCUCCAACUUAAAUUCCCACUUGAUUUCAGCAUCAUGCCUCAUGUCGGUACCAUCUGCUUGCCGCCUUCUAGCGAGCCCAUCUACUCGGACUGCAUUGUCACCGGUUGGGGCCAACAACUGUCUACCUCAGAGGCAAAAGGCGACACUUCGACCUUCAGUCGUACCUUGAAACAAACCAGCCAAACUCUAGUGACUGCUCAAUUCUGCGAGAAAGCUCUCCGUCCUUUCCUCGGACAGUUUUACCAGCUACCGAAAAAAGGUUUCGUGUGCGCUUACGAUAAAGACGGUAAAGAUUCUUGCUUUGGUGACGGAGGAGGAGCGCUGGCCUGCUUGGUUAACGCACCAAACUACCCAAAAUCUAAUCAAUACCACGUCGUCGGACUCGUUUCAUGGGGUGUUGGCUGUGGCAUGCCCAAUGUUCCGUCUGCCUACACUGCCAUUUGGGAUUAUCUGGACUGGAUCCGUGCUAAAAUAUCUCCUAUUGAUUCUUAUCCCAUGGCUAAUCCAUUGCCUUUGAAGGAACCUAGUCCUGUCAUAAUGGUCCGUGCCAACGAAGCUACCACUACAACACCGUCGCCUUCCACCACGCAACACGAUUUUAUCGAUUUAGCUUUUGCCUGAAAAUCUGUUUAUUUUUUUUUUUUCUAAAGAGUAAUGAUGUACAAUUUAUUUUAAUUGUUGGCUUAUCGUGUUUGAAGAAAAUUGCUAAUAUAACGCCAAUAUUGUUUA